AUGACCAGCUGCGAUAAUGUUGAACUAAAAAACGAUCUCUACAUGAGUGUGAUGCACUCUUUGUCAAUCAUCGCUCUUUUUAUGAAUCUAUUCGCCUUUUACUGCAUUGUCUACAAAUCAACGAGGCAGAUGGGCGCUUAUAAAUGGUAUUUGCUUGCUUACCAAGCGUCAUCCACUGCAUUCGACACUGUGUACACUGGUUUUAUAAUACCUGUAAUCUACUUCCCAGAAGCAAUGGGUUAUCCUGGCUCUUGGCUGGCAGUGACAUUAUCUAUCACUGGCCACGCUGGCGUACUUAUGGUGUUUCUCACAGCUGCUCUACUUGUUGGUUGUAUUAUUAACCUAUUUAACUACCGUUGUCACGUGGUUACUCCAAAACAUUACUUUGUUAAAUUUGGCAAUUAUGUACUAUGCAUUGUUCUCUCCUUCUAUUUCAUAAGGAUGAGUGGACAUCUGUCACAGAAAACGAAGCGAAUGCAAAGACGAUUUCUCAUCUACCUUUGUAUACAGGUAGGUAAAGAGUGUUCGUUGCAUUAA